GCGUGGACUAUCUGCAGCCGCUGCUCAUGCAAUAUGCUGGAGCUCCAGAACAGCUAAACGGAGUUGCCACACCGCUGCCUGGGCUGGAUCACAGCGCUGCCUUUCCUUAUGAAGAAGACACAAACUUGGAUUAUCACUUGCAUUUAUCUUCAACUGCUCCUAUUUAAUCCUCUCGUCAAAACUCAAGGGAUCUGCAGGAACCGUGUGACUGAUGAUGUGAAAGACGUUACAAAAUUGGAUCAAAAUUCCAUGGUGGCAAAUCUUCCAAAAGACUAUAAGAUAACCCUCAGAUAUGUCCCCGGGAUGGACGUUUUGCCUAGUCAUUGUUGGAUAAGCGAGAUGGUGGAACAAUUGUCAGUCAGCUUGACUGAUCUUCUGGACAAGUUUUCAAAUAUUUCUGAAGGCUUGAGUAAUUACUCUAUCAUAGACAAACUUGUGAAAAUAGUCGAUGACCUUGUGGAGUGCAUGGAAGAACACUCAUUUGAGAAUGUAAAAAAAUCAUCUAAGAGCCCAGAACCUAGGCUGUUUACUCCUGAAAAAUUCUUUGGAAUUUUUAAUAAAUCCAUCGAUGCCUUCAAGGACUUGAAGAUGGUGGCUUCUAAAACUAGUGAAUGUGUGAUGUCUUCAACAUCAAGUCCUGAAAAAUAUUCCAGAGUCAGUGUCACAAAACCAUUUAUGUUACCCCCUGUUGCAGCCAGUUCCCUUAGGAAUGACAGCAGUAGCAGUAAUAGGAAGGCCUCAAAUCCCAUUGAAGACUCCAGCCUACAAUGGGCAGCCGUAGCAUUGCCGGCAUUCUUUUCUCUUAUAAUUGGGUUUGCUGUUGGAGCCUUAUACUGGAAGAAGAAACAACCAAAUCUUACAAGGGCAGUUGAAAAUAUACAGAUUAAUGAAGAGGAUAAUGAGAUAAGUAUGUUGCAAGAAAAAGAGAGAGAGUUUCAAGAAGUGUAAUUGUGGCUUGUAUCAACACUGUUACUUUCGUACAUUGGCGGGUAACAGUUCAUGUUUGCUUCAUAAAUGAAGCAGCUUUAAACAAAUUCCUAUUCUGUCUGGAGUGACAGACCGCAUCUUUAUCUGUUCUUGCUACCCAUGACUAUGUGGAUGAUUCAGAAAUUGGAACAAAGUGUUUUACUGUGAAACUGGCACUGAAUUAAUCAUCUGUAAAGAAGAACUUGCACCGAGCAGGACUCUAUUUUAAGGACCUGGGGGAUUUGUGGUCUCAAUUAGAACUUGCAGCUGAUGUUGGGAGAGAAAGCACGUGUCCCAGGCUGCACAUACCGUUUUGCAUGCCUCCAGAAACGUCUAAUUGUUGAAAAACCACAUAGCUUUAUUUUACAGUUACAACUUGCAGUUCAUAGUUAUCUUGGUCUCUGCAAGUAGAUUUCAGCCUGGAUAGUGGGGGUCAUCAUUUUUAUCAAAGGGAUCUAGAAAAAAUUCAAAAAACAAAAACUCCAUAGCAUCAGCCACUGUUCAUUUAGAAAGCAGUGGGAAAAGAGGGUGGGGGUAGGGGCAGGUCAGCCUUCUAGCUGCUGAUCAAGGAAUGAUAUGGGUCUGAGCUUUGUCUCUUUCUGACACAGAGUGUGCUCAACCGUAUCCCACUAGACAAACGGACAUGGUUGUCUGACUUUAGUCAUGCAGGGGAGCCAGUACUGAAUUACACAACAGUGAUGCCUUUGCAGAGGAGAGACUCCGAAAGAGUCAUCACACGAAGAAGCUGUGGACACUGCCCAGCAGAACAGUCUGCCGAGGGGGGCAUCUGGCACCCCUGGUGAAGUCAGCCUUUGCCCUUGACCACUAUGGCGUGUACAAAUUGUGCUUGCAAAUUAUAUUACAAAAUGUUUAUAUUCUAAAACUAUCACAGAGUUAUGUAAAGGGACUUAGGAGAAAUCACUGAAUGUAUGGAGGCCGCAUUUUCAAUUUCUGCUGUGGGAGAGAGUAAAUAUAAAUUAUGAUAUUUAGUAUCUAUGGUUAGAUAACCACACACAUGCUAAUAUGGGUGUUGAAAACUAGGUGACUUGGCUUUUACAAGAAUGCAGGGGAUCAGGAAACUUUAGUUAUUUAUAGUAUAAUCACCAUUAUCUGUUUAAAGGAUCCAUUUAUUUAAAAUCAGGCACUCUGUAUUCAUUAAGGUUUAUGAAUUAAAAAUAAAAAGAAAGCUU